AUGUCAGCGGGUUUAUAUGGCUACAAUGGAACUUUGGUUGGCAUACUGAUGUCGGCUUUUACGGCCGAGUAUGUUCAUGUCCCUUUGUCUUCAGUUGCCAAUAAAUGGGACCUCCAAAUAUUCACCCUUCCCUUUAAUAUUUUGGUGUGUCUACACAUUGCAGCUACAGGAGCCAAUCACCCCUACUUUCCAGAGCUAUUCUUGUCAGUGCCAGUCGGUGUUGGCCAGGUGUAUGGCUGCGACAGUCCUUGGACAGGAGGUCUCAUCCUUCUGGCCCUGCUGCUCUCCUCACCAACUAUCUGUUUUCAAACCAUGCUGGGCUCAGCUUCUGGCAUGUUGUCUGGACUUGCUCUGGGAGCUCCUCAUAGGGACAUCAACUCAGGGCCUUGGGGAUAUAGCAGUGCUCUAGACUGCAUUGCUGUUGGAGGUGUCUUCUAUGUCAUAUCAUGGCAAACCCAUCUGCUGGUUCCAAUAUGUGCUCUUUUCUGUGCAUACAUGACUUCAGCAAUCGCAAACUUGAUGUCUAUGCUUGCAUUACCAGCGUGCUCAUGGCCUUUCUGCCUGUCAACUCUCAUCUUCCUCUUCAUUUCCUCUGAGAUCCAAGCCAUCUGCAGACAGCUUCUGUCUGUGGCAUCCUACCCCAAGGAAAAUCGGCACUACCAGAAACACAUAAACUUCCCAGAGAAAGCUCAGCACAGGCAGCAGAGCAGCAGCCAAGAAGGGGCCCCGCUGAUGGAGAAUGGAGGGCCAAAUGUCCAGCUGGAAGAGAGGAGCUGCAGUGAACCUGUAUGA